UCAUACAGGAAGCGUCUAUUGGUUGGUAUGUGGCAAGACAUCAUGGAGGUCAGAGCUCUGUGCAUCAGACUGUUGAUAACUGUGCUGAUCCUGCUGUGUGCACAUGCUCAGAAAGUUGAUGCAGUUUCUCUUCGUGUUGUUCCAAACAAAUCCCAGUUUUUUGAACAUGAGUCAGUUAGUUUUUACUGUGAGGAGAGCUCUCAUGGAUAUGUGUUAUAUAAGAAGAACGAGGAAGUAAAGCAAUGCAACAAAACCAGUAGGAAACCAACAGCUUCAACAACAGGUUCACAGUGCACCAUUGAUCGUAUUUAUAGAUAUGACAAUGGAGAAUACUGGUGUGGGACAGCAGGAGGGAAGAGAAGCAACAAUAUCAACAUCACUGUCACUGAUGGUUCUGUGAUCCUGGAGAUUCCUGCUGUUCCUGUGAUGGAGGGAGAAGAUGUGACUCUGCGCUGCAGAAACAAGAUGCUUUCCUCCAGCAUCGCAGCUGAUUUCUAUAAAUAUGGGCGUCACAUAGGGAGCAGCGCCACAGGAAACAUGAGCAUCCAGAGAGUUUCCAAGUCUGAUGAAGGACUUUACAAGUGCAAGAUCUCAGGAGGUGAAGAAUCAUCAGAGAGCUGGCUGUCUGUCUCUCUGCCAUGUCUCACAGCUUCCACACCCUGGAUAAUUGCCACUAUUUUACUGACCACUCUAAUUCUGAUUAUCGUGGUGAUGGGACUCUAUCUCUUCCGCAAAGAUUUGUACAGAGCAUAUGGUUCAGGCCCAAAAGAAGAUCCAACAGGACAGAACACAAACAAUGAAGCUGAAUUGUGUCCUAAUCCAGUUUAUCAUUCUUUGGGCCAGGGUGGCACUCAACCUCUUGCAGAAACAAUGAAAUCUGUUGUUGCAGACAAACCUUCACAAGAUAUCUACCAACCUGUGGCAGAGGAACCUUUCUAUUCUACAAUUAAAAAACAUGUGCAUCUCUGAGUGAGACUGAAAACAAGGAAGUGACUUAGAAAUAUCCUGUAUUGUUUAUCAUGUAUCAUUUUGCAGUCAGUUAAAAUCUGUGUAUUGUGUAUUUGUAAGUGCUUACUGUACUACAGGUCUCUGUAUAAUGAUACGUAAAGAAUUCACAAUGAUUAGAAAUGUGAAAACAAAUUUACUUCAGAUUUGGUGUCAAUUCACAAAUGAAACUGAAUUAAAUUGAGUUUCAAAUGUUACAGGUGAUCACAUUAGAUAAUAGCUCAUCUGGAGGUUACUUUUUUGAGCUUUCUUUUUCAGUUACAAAUGAGGCCCAGUGGAGUAAAGGUAUAAAAAAGAGACAGAAAAUCAAAGAGAAAUCAUCAUGUUUCCAACCUUGUUAGCAUGGUCAAACUAUAAACAUGGUUGUGGAUAAAAUAAUUCAUUUAUUGCUAAUGAUGUAUUUCACAAAUCAGCUAUUAAUAUCAUUAUAACUUAAUAUAAUGAAUGAAGUGCUUUGAUUUUAUUCUGUGUGGAUUUUUGUGCCCCCUGCAUCCAAGUACUGUGUGUGUAGGUGUGUGUGUCUGUGUGCUUCAUGAGGACAUAGCAUUUGGUCUUCACAAGACAAAACCCUCCAUCCUCAUAAUUUUGAAGUCAUUUUUGAGGUUCAAGGGUCCCUUCGUUGACUUUCUGUCAAUUUUAGGAUACACUUUUAAAGAUUUAAUUAAUUAAUUUUAUGAUCCUGAUUCUGAAUGGGCUGACACCGCUGCAUCAGUCUGACAAUAUUCAUGGUCACACUCUUAUUAGGUCAUCCAAUGAAAUGAUCCUAAAUAAUCCAAGAUCUAGACUUAGAAAAAACUGAGGUUAAAAACUGAGGUGGCAGAGCUCUUCCAGUUGUUGCCCCUAAUGUCUAGAAUGCAUCACCACUUCAUGUUAGAACUGCCCAAACUGAUUCUACAGUACUUUUAACUGUUUAUUCUUUAGUCUUUGAUUCAAGCUAAACUUUGAGUUCUCUAGCAUAUUGAGACUAUCUCUCCACCGAUACAUAUUCCAUAUGUACGGGGUACGACCCCCCUUGGUCGUGGCGUGUGGAUAUUUCUUUAAGACACUGCGGCACGCCCGGCUACACCCCACAGCUUACGUAUAAAACAGCUGUGCGGACGUGAAACCGGUGAUAGUUUGAUUGGAACGCGUCUCCGAGCGGCCUCACGGUGGAGAGAUAGUCUCUCACUA